AUGAGACGACUGCCAUGACACUAAGGAGAGUAAACCUGGUCAUCCUUGUGCUGCUAGCUGUUGCCUUUUUGAUCAUAGUUCAAAGAAACCUCCUCAACCUCAGUGACUUUUUGCACAAAGAAAACCCAGAUGCAGGGUUAAUUCUUCCCUUCGAGUCUGAGUUGUCUCCAGACCUCAGACUAGAGUCGGUGAGAAAAGGAGAGGAGAUCCCUGUUCUCAUCACUGCUGCUGAGGACAGGCUCGGUGCUGUGGUUGCCGCCAUGAACAGUGUCUACCAGAACAGUAAAGCCAAUGUUGUCUUCACCAUUGUGACCUUGAAUGACACGGUCGAUCAUCUAAAUGUGUGGCUGAGUAAGACGAAGCUACAAAAAAUUAAAUAUAAGAUAGUUAUCUUCAACCCUGAGCUCCUCAAUGGGAAGAUAUCUAAAGAUCCUCAAACACAAGAGGCUGCAAAACCAUUGACGUUUGCCAGGUUUUAUCUGCCUGCAUACAUACCAGAGGCAGAGAAAGCCAUCUAUUUGGAUGAUGAUAUCAUAGUACAAGGGGACAUUCAGGAGCUUUAUGAAAUCAACCUCAAACCCGGACAUGCAGCUGCCUUCUCAGAUGACUGCGACUCAGCAUCUGCUAAGGGCAUCAUUCGAGGGGCUGGAAAUCAGAAUAACUAUAUAGGUUUCCUGGACUUCAAGAAGGAAGCUAUCAAGAAGCUGGGGAUGAGGGCCAACACGUGUUCCUUCAACCCCGGAGUCAUUGUCGCCAACCUGACUGAAUGGAGGAACCAGAACGUCACCAAGCAGCUGGAGCACUGGAUGGAGCUCAACACGCAGGAGGAUCUGUACAGUAAAACACUUGCAGAGAGUAUCACGACUCCUCCACUCCUCAUUGUUUUUUACAAACGUCACUCCACCAUCGACCCAUUGUGGCACGUGAGACACCUUGGCACUACUGGUGCUGGAAACCGCUACUCCCCCCAGUUCGUGAAGGCUGCCAAACUCCUCCACUGGAAUGGUCACUAUAAACCCUGGGGAAGAGCGUCCUCCUUUUCUGACGUGUGGGACAAGUGGUUCAUUCCAGACCCCACAGGAAAGUUUUCCCCUGUGCGAAGACACAGCUAGACUGAAAAAUUGGCUCUCAGGAAGCUCCCGACCAGCCCUGUCCCAGCAGGAACACGCCUCGUUGUAUCUCAGGAACUAAGUAAGGCCUUCUCACCUUCCAGCCCUUCAUUUGAGUUCUGUCAUCCUCUAAACGUGCGGACCUGAGUACUCUCACAUUACCUUGAACGCUGAAUUUUUUUUUUCUUAAUACCCAGAGUGCUUUGUUGUUGCCCUGAGAUUGCUUUGACUCGCAUUUUCUCAAAAUGUUUUGCCAAACUAUUGAUAGCAGACUGUUUCACAAGCCGUUUGCCUCCCUAUGAAUAGGAGCUGUGUUUUACCCUGAACUUGAUCAGAGGUGUUGUGUCUAAAGAGUAUCACUCUAACAGAAUAUAUGCAUCAAUGCUGUCCACAGAAUGACGUUACAUGACAUGUACCAAGAUGUAAAGCUGAAGCCAUCACUGUCAAAGUAAUUAGGGCUUAAGUUGGUAUGUUUACAUGCAGCUAAAUAAUGGCUGUAAGGAUGUAAUGGUGCAGGAGUCAGCCUCACAGUUUAUACUUGUUUCAAACACACUCCUCUAUGAUCAGUUCAAUCUCCAGAAGAAUCAUUUUGUCCAUGCAGAGGCUCCAUGUCUUUACCUCAAUUCAGUAUUUCCUGUGGAAACAUAACCCACUUUUAGAACACUAACUUGCACAUAAGAUUCAUCAGGCCAGAUUUUUACAUCUUUUAAUGGUCUGUUUUAGCUCCUCUAUAGAUCUAUUCCUCUGAACAACUUUGUUCCAAACCCACUGUUACUUUAUUGUUGUCAAGUUAGUGGUGCAUUGCCUUUUAAAUUUGCCCCAAUAGCUAUGCUGUAAUGAACACUAACAGCAUUUUACUGCCUUUCAUGCUGAACUGUUACAAUUUGUGUUUUUUUUAAACUGACUAUAUGUAGACCACUAAGCAAACCUCUGCAGAAAGUGAAGAACAUGGUAUUUGCACAAAUGCCCCAAGCUUCAUCCCUUCCUUUUCAGGAUUUUUAUACCAUUCGAAAAAGAAUCACCAUGCUGGUGUAAUUUUUUUUGUACAUGAAAUAAAACUUGCAGGUUUAUUAAAAUCUGGUGAGGUCAUCUGUU